AUGGAUGCCAUGCACCAUAAUGGAUCUCAUGGGUUGAAUUUCCCCGGGAUGGAUUUCGAUACACAUAUGAUGUCCGAUGAUUUUUCCCUUAGUUCACCUUUCGCUCCGACAAAUUCAAGCAACAAUAUGCUUCAAGAUUCCAUCUUCCCUGAGUGGAAGCACGGUGAGCGUGGUGAAAGCCCCGAGGAUUUGCAACGAAAAGAUCCCUUGGCCGCUCAAAUCUGGCGACUCUAUGCUCGAACAAAGUCUCAGUUACCGAAUCAAGAGCGCAUGGAAAACUUGACAUGGCGGAUGAUGGCCAUGAGUUUGAAACGGAAAGAGCGUGAACAGCGAGAACAAGAUAAACGGACUCGGUCGCACACGAAUAACACCACUGGUCCCAACCCGAGCGGCAUCGCGCAGUUGCAUUUGUCCGACCAGGCGGAGAACGCUUCCUUCCACAUGAAUAUGGAUUCACACGAUCCCAUGAAUUUGGAUGAUUUCAUCGUUGCGUUUGAUUCUCCCGCUGACUACUCACACCCCACUCCCGACCACCGCUUUACCGCUACCCCAACCGCUUCCACGUCUGCCUCCAUCCCGAUCAAGGCGCGCAAAGACCAUUUGGCCGACUCGGCCGCCGCUUCAUUCCCCCACCCUACUCAGGACCAGCGCAAGAAUAGCGAGUUUGGCUACGUCGCUCGCCGAGUGCGCAAGACUAGCGUUGAUGAGCGCCAGUUCCUAGCAGGCCUCGCUGUUCCCACUCGCAAACGACCGGCCGACUCGUCCCCGCAGGUGCCCCCGGUCUCGAACGACAUGCUGGCCCAGAAACAUUCAGAGUUGUCGGCAGCCUUGCCCGACUACUCUCUGGAUCACAACCCAGUUGGUGGUUUUGCCAUGCCUGCUAAUGGUCCGCGUCGCCACCGACAUCAUCACACAUCCUCGGGCAUUCCAUUCAGCUUGGAUACGUUCGGUGUAGGCGAGGACAGUGCUAUCCACUCAGCUGGUCCCUACCAGCAGCACUUCACUUUCUCCCCUUCGGAAUCUCCCAUGACGGCUAGCAACCCCUUCUCCAACCCAUAUACGCAAACCCCUCUGGCGUCCUCUCUGAACUCGACUGAGUUUUUCUCACCGCCUCCCUCCGGGUAUCAGUCUGCGGUGUCGACCCCUCAGCCUAUCUACGAGGGAGAGCAGUCUAUGUUCUUCUCCGAUACCCCCUUGGCCGAGUCUCAAGCGCAGCGUCGCAUUCCCAACUACCUCCAGCAGCGGACGUCGAACCUUUCCGCAUCCCUGCAGCCGCGUCACAUGUUCAACUCGGCCAACGGUGAUUACCACUCCCCCACUGCCGUGAGCGGGCCGCCGACCACAACCAUACACUCGUCGGGCUUCUCCAUUCCGCAGGCCCAGCAUGUGGAUCCAUCACAGGUGCUUGGUUCCGGAGAAUUUUCUUCGACCGCACCGGCGAACGGCAUGUUCACAUUUGGAGGUGACUCCGAUAACGAAGACGACGAUGCCACUGCAUAUGGUGACCAUAGUGGCAUGGCCAUGCCUAAUGAAUUUUCAUCGAUGGAUGAUAUGGGUGACAUGAACUCGGGUCUCGCAUGGGACGCUGCUUUUUCAGGCUCCGUUCAGUCAUUGCCGGGUUUUGGUGGCCAACACCGCAGGGGACCCGAUUUGAUGGAGAGUCUACCGGAGUGGCACCAUGGUAGUCUGGGCCGUACUCAUGGCUCGGCUGCCUCGGUCAGUGAUGUGCGCAACCGUGACCAGGAUCCCCGACGUCAAAAGAUUGCGCGAACUGCUUCCAUCUCCAACGCUUCUUUGAUGCGCCAAGGUAUGAACAGUAUCCCACCGACCAACCACCCGUCUCCCAAUACGCCUCCCGAGUCGGGACUUAACAGCGCUUCCCAAUCGCGACCCGGCAGCCCAGGCGGGUCCAAGAGUGGAGAUCCUAAUGCUGGACCAACCACUUGCACCAAUUGUUUUACGCAGACUACCCCACUUUGGCGUCGCAACCCUGAGGGCCAGCCUCUGUGCAACGCUUGUGGCUUGUUCUUGAAGCUUCAUGGUGUGGUUCGGCCAUUGUCACUGAAGACCGACGUCAUCAAGAAGCGAAACCGCAGCAGCGCGAACAGCAUCGCUGUCGGCACUUCUCGUUCGUCGAAGAAGUCUUCCCGCAAGAACUCCAUCGUGCAGACCCCAACCAGCGUGGGAGCCUCGCGCAUGUCGGUCAGUAACGCGUCCGAGUCACCCCCGGCCAUUAUGGGAAAUAAUGCCCCCAAUAAGUCCGGUGUGGUGCCGAUUGCCGCCGCUCCACCCAAGACCGGCCCCCGGCCGGCCCGCGCCGGUGUGCAGGUGGCCCCGCGACGGCAGCGUCGUCUCGAGAAGGCUCCCGGAUCUGAUCCAGAUACGGAUGAUAGCCCGAAGUUGAGUGCUGCCGGUCGCUCCAAGAUCCACCUGCUAUGCCCCCCGGCCGCUGCUAACCCUGCCAACCACAGUAUUGCCGGUGGACAGGGAGCAAGUCAGGAAUGGGAGUGGCUCACCAUGAGUCUGUGA